UAAAAGUCCAUCAGUGUCAACCAACGAUGAGAGAAUAGAUUUCACACAAAGAAGGUUCCAGUAAAAAUCGUACCCAUUCCAGAAGCCUUUUAAAUAUUGCCAUUGUACCAGCAUUCGCCACUUCCUCUUGGACUCCUUCCAUGCACCAACCUCAGCAUCAAAAAGGUACCCCUCAGAAGAUGUCAUCACAUAACAUAAUAUGCAUUCUUCUUCUCGGAUUUUGCUUAGUUAUGAAAGCCAAAUCUGCACCAGUAUUUGCCUCCAAUAUGACGAUUAUAUAUGUUCCUGAAGACACACCGAGAGGUGCAGUAGCAUAUAAGAUUAUUGCAUCUGACUCCAGUAAUGACCCAUUAACCUACUCUAUGACUGGAUUGGAUUCUACAUUCUUCCAUUUAGAUGAAAACACAGGCAUUGUCACAGUUGUACGUGACUUGGACCGAGAGGCUAAACCUACUUUGAGUGUUACUAUUUAUGCUAGUAAUGGAAGAGAUGAGAAGGACUUGAAACAAACAAUCAUUCUUGAAGAUGCCAAUGACAAUGCACCCAUGUUUCUAAAUGCUCCAUACAAAGCAUCUGUUUAUGAGAAUGAAACUAAGGGUGCCGUAUUAUUUACUGUUAAAGCAAAGGACGGAGAUCAAGGGCCUGCUGGAACAGUACGGUAUGAGAUUGUGGAAGUACUCCCACAUGCCCCUUGCCUCUUUGAAAUUCAACAAGAUGGAAAAGUUAUUUUGAAUGGUACACUGAGCUACACAGAGAAAAGCACAUUUUAUCAGUUACAGAUCAAGGCUUCAGACUAUGGUGGACUCUACAAUGGAGCAUUUAUCAUUCAGAAUACCACUGCAUUUGCAAUUAUUAAUGUAGAAGAUGUAUCUGACUUGGAUCCUAUAUUUCUGAACACUCCUUAUCAAACGGCAGUGCCUGAGAAUUCUAAAGUGGGAACAACUGUACUUCAGGUUAAAGCUGUGGAUGGUGACUGGGGAAUUAAGAAUGAAAUUGCAUAUUCAAUUUUAUCAUCAAAACCACCAGAUUUAUUUAGUAUUAAUGCUCAAAAUGGAGAUAUACAUGUGUUUCAUUCUCUUGAUCGAGAGGAACUUCUUGAAUUUGACACAAUUGUAGAACUGCAGGUUAUGGCCAAGGAAAAAGGUCUUGAUAUCAAUGGAAUCUUUGCCUCUGCAAUUACAAAAGUAUCCAUCACUGUGACCGAUAUCAAUGACAAUACACCUGCAUUUUACAAUUGCACUCUUGAAACUUGUAAUUAUACUGAAAGUUCAGAAGUGAAUUCAUUUCGCACUUCCAUUCCUGAGCAUUUCUCGUCAGGAGUGCCAAUAGAGAAUUUAGCGAUUGUGGCUCGUGAUCCUGAUCAGGGUGUGAAUGGAACCUUCACGUUGUCCCUUCAUGGAGCAGAUGCGUCAGUUUUUACGGUUUCCCCAGAAGAGAUCAAAACCUUGGGAGUGGUACUGAUAGCAGUGAAAAACUCAGAUGCUAUUGAUUAUGAACAGAAGAACGUUUCAAUCUUUGAGAUUGUUGCAAAUGAUACAACCAACCCAAGUAAUUGUUGCUCCACAGCGACAGUUACAAUCAACAUCGUUGACAUUAAUGAUCACAGCCCAGAAUUCCCAGAGCAAACAUAUAUCCUCAGUGUGAAAGAAAAUUCAGACAUUGGGACUGUAGUUGGAAUUGUUAUGGCAAUAGAUCCUGACACUGGAGCCUUUGGUAAAAUUACAUACAGCCUAUUACAGGAGAACAUACAGGAAUUUAAAGUUGACAACAGGACAGGUGAAAUUACUGUUGCGAACAAAACACUGCUUGAUAGAGAGAAACGACCCAGAUAUUAUGCAACUCUUCAGGCAACAGAUGGUGGGGGCCGUAAGGGUACAACAUCGCUUGAAAUUGUUUUAGAAGACAUAAAUGAUAAUCAUCCAGUAAUGUCAAGAGAGUCGUAUACUGCAUUCAUCACUGAACACCAAGGAAAUGAAUUAAAUAUUAAAAUUGAGGCUUUUGACAAUGAUGAGGUCAACACCAAUAACAGUGAGAUUCGCUACACAAUAGUUGCUGGUGACGACGAACAGAAUUUUACCAUUGAUCCAAUCUUGGGUGUUCUCCGUUCUAUUGGUCCCAUAGAUCGAGAGGCCAUGAAAUCUUCAGAUGGAAAAAUUAAUCUAAUUGUGAAAGCGUAUGAUUUAGGAGUUCCUUCUCUUUCAACAACUGUCAAUGUCACGAUCCAUGUAGAGGAUGUAAAUGACAAUUCACCAGUAUUUUCUCAGUCUGUCUAUUAUGCUUCUGUAAUGGAACAUACAUUAGGAGCUUUUGUGACAUUGGUUAAAGCCAGCGACAAUGAUGCAACAGAAAUCAACAAUCGGAUAACAUACCGUAUUGAAAAUGGUGGCUCAGGAAUCUUUCUCAUCAGAUCAAUCUUAAUCAAUAAUACCAUUCCAAAACAGUAUGGAGGAAAUCUUACUGUUGAUCCUACAAUUGCACUGGAUUAUGACAAAGGACCAAAAUUUUACAAUCUAAGUGUCACUGCUUCAGAUUUAGGAACUCCAUUUAAAAUAGCACGUGCAACUGUUCAUGUCACUGUAUUAGACAUGAAUGAUGAAACUCCUGUACUAGACCCAGAUGCAAUGAAGGAUUUAGAUGUAAUGGAAAAUGACACUGAACUUGGAAUAGUGCGGAAUAUAACUGCAACUGACAUUGACACAAAUCAUUCACUAAUCUAUCAACUGGUUUCAACAGUUUGUUAUAAGUCUAAAAUUGUUGAUGCUCAACCAGAUGCACCAUGCCAUUAUUGGUUUGGACUUUAUGACAAUGGAUCACUCUAUGUGAAUGAAUCCUCAGUUAUUGACUAUGAGGAAUAUGAUCAAGUGGACAUGACUAUUCGUGUGACUGAUCUUUACACUGAAAAAAAUAAUGCUUCCAGUACCGGCAAACUUACAAUCAAUAUUGUGGAUGCCAAUGACAACAGACCUGUGUUUCUUGCCUUGGAAAGAGUAUCUGUUAUCGUGCCAGAAUUAGCACCAAUUUCUGCUGAAGUUGCAACAGUUAAGGCAAGCGACAAUGACACUGGAAAAAAUGCAGCAAUUGAGUUUUUUGUUGUCAAAGUUUUAUUCAUUUUCUCGGAUGGGAAACCAAACAAAGUAUUGCCUGAUGUAUUUGAAGCUUCAAGAUCUACAUUUGUCGAUGGUGAAUACACAGCAACUAUCAAGAUUAAAUCAUCACUGGAUAAAACAUUGAAAGGACAGUACAAGGUAACUGUAGAAGCAAGAGAUGGAGGCAAACCCACUUUAUAUGCAAGCAAUGAUCUGGAUUUAAUUACAGUGGAUGAGAGUUACAAGGCACGAUUAGAGUUUAGUGUGGCCCCUGAAGAAGUUCAGCAAAAUAUGAAUGAAAUAAUUGCCUUGCUUCGGGAAGCCACAUAUUCAAAUCCAUACGUGGCAAGUGUAACUGCUGUCACCAAUAAGAAUGUACAACCAUUAGACAGAAACAUGGCUAAAGCUACAAUGGAGCUGUAUUUUGUAUAUAACAAUGGAACAGCCAUUCCUCCUGACAACAUCAAUAGCAUACUUCAGUUUAACCCCGAGGCUGUAAAGAACCUGAUAGACCUUGGUCUUUUGAAUAUUAAAGAAACAACUGAAUCUAGUAGUAAUGGAAGAUUAUUUGUGGCAAUUAUCGGCGGGCUGGUGGCAGGUUUCGUUAUUUUGUUAGCCAUCAUGAUAACUGCUCUGGUUUGCAGUCGAGAAAGUUACAAACGAAAGAUAAGAUCAAUAACUGCGAUGAACACAGCUAAAACUAUUACAGGUGAUGCACUGCAGAGUGGGCCUAUUGUUCCUGGUACAAACAAAUAUGCUUUGGAAGGUGCUAAUCCAGUGUGGAAUACUGUUAUUGACACUGCCACAGACCUUGGUUUUGAAGAUGCUAAUUCAGACCGUGCAAGUAUUAAUUCUUUGGAUGAGAAUAUGGUCAAUGCAGUGGAAGAUACACAUGCCAAGAAAUCAAACACAUUAGAGAUGACUGAGAAAACAGUUGACAGUUAUUCGACCAAUGAAAAUGCCAAAUCUUUCAGAGCUGCACGAGCUGGCCAUGAUGACAAUAAAGAAAACGCAUCAGGGGCAUCUGGAACUGAACUUCACAGUUCUCAAACGAACAGCAUUGAUAUCUGAGCAUUACGUCAGAUGCUUUUGACUAUUCAUUCAGCUUCUAAGUUUAAAAAUCUGCAUUUAAAAUCUUUAAUGUAAGCAAAAUGGAAUCUGUUAAUAAUAUUUAGCAUGUGUCUUUUUUGUCUGGUAACUACUUUCUCAACAUAAGGUGCUCAUGUGAAGAUUUAUUCCAACUAGCAAUAUGCUGUCAUGAAUAUUUAUUUUGCAUUUGAUUUUGUUUGCUGGCCAUCAUAUUUUAAAAUGAAUGUAGCAUGUUUUAACAUCAUAUUUUAUUUAACACUGUUUAUUACCCAAUUGACAGUAAUGAUGAAAACUGUGCAUUGUUUAGGUAUGAAAAGAACAAUGUUCCAUACAUGAGAUCUGUUGACAGUAACAUGGCCAGUAAUGGAAUGAUGCUAAUGGUAUUCUGGAAAAUUAAAUGCCUCUAAAAAAAUCUUAAUCAUCCAUUCAUUUCCUAGUUAGAAAGAUCCUUCAAAGAAUUUUCCUGCAGUGUAUUCUAUUUAAACAUCUCUCUAUAUAUAUAUUUAUCAAAGAGCUAAAUUGAUUUAAUAAGGAUAUAUUUAUGGAAACAUAUAAAUUUACAAACUACUCAAUGCUUUGAUGUCCUUUUUGCAUCAGUGCAGGUCGAUUUGAAUGAAAAGUGGUAACCUCAAAGAAUAGCAAUGAGAAAAAUUGAAUAAUUACUUGAGGCCUUAGAAGUUAUGUGGAACUUGCUAAUUGCUGAAUAAGGGUUACCUGGUCAGAGGAUUAAGAGAUGGGCUGAAAUGUGGGCAAGUUGGUACAUUUGUCUAUUGGAAAAAAUAUAUACUUUGGUAAAGAGGGAGCUAGUAUGAUAGGGGGACAGUUUCUUGGCAUUGAGAAAUACUUAUUCUCAUUGGUAGCUACUAUGAGGGGACAUAGUUUUAAAGUGAGUAGAGGUAGAUACAGGGGAGACGCCAGAUGUAGGUUCUUUACUCAAAGGGUGGUCGGGGUGUGGAAUGUAUUGUCAGAGAGGGUAUAGGAGUUGGCCUCAUUAGGGACAUUUAAGCAGCUAUUAGGUAGACAUAUGGGUGACAGUAUAAAGGUAGGAGUGGAGGUUAGGUAGACCUGAAGAUUAGGGUAAAAGUUCGGCACAACAUCAUGGACCGAAGAGCCUAUACUGUGCUGUACUGUUCUAUGUUCUAUGUUCAUUAUUAUGUUUGCACAUUAUUUCAUUGAUACCGAAACCAACUGAAAAAUGGUAGAUAAGCAGAAUAUUUGAAGUGAUAAGACAUCAACACAAUAUCAUUAGGAAGGUUGUGUAAACUGACAAUUGAAUCUGAAAUGAAAAGGAGUCCAGCAGACAGCCAAGAAACUGGUCUGAGAGAUUUGAAAACUUAUUAUUUCUACAGAAGACCAAAAAUUUCAAGUUGUUUUGCUAAAAGAAAUCAGUUGGAACAUAUUUGCAAGUAGUUUUAGUUGUGAAGCCGUUAAAUGUAACAAAAUUGUUUGUCAUAAGUGAUGUAAAGCAAAACAUAUGCUUUUAUGUGAAAACUGUGUAAAAAUAGUUGUGUGUACUGUUUCCAAAAAGAAAGAAUAUCAUUUCGUAGUGUUAUGAUGUCAAUUGUUCAGAAACUAUAGUAAAUCAUUUUCUGUUUGCUUAUCAAUGGUUUUAGUUUUUCCGCUUCUAAUUCACUGCAAUGAGUCUAAUGAACAGCAGUAAAACAUCAGGAUUGAUCAUGAUAAUGUUUGGUGGAGGGGUUGAAGCUGGUGGCAUUAUCCAUUCCAACAUUGUUGUUAUCUAUUGGACAUAUACCAAUGAUUGGAGUGUAUACAGUAAUUUGCAGGUCACUGUGAUUGACAUGAAAUGUGUGUGUUCCAGGCAGGUAUGAAGUGCAGCCAGUGAAUGUAUGGCUAGCAACUCCAGAAAAUUGCAGUUUUCAUGUAGACUUUAAAGACUGUAAGUCCUGGUGGAGGUGGUAUAACAGAGGUGGUACCACCAGGGCCUACAGAGCAGGGAGGAUGGAAGCCUCAACCUUAAUUUUCAUUGAUGCACAGAUAUGGAAGGAGAUUGCCAAGGAGAUCACAGGCAGGACCCUGUGCCCCCACAUCCCACUUCACAGCAUGGCUCCAGUGUUGUAAAAAGAAUAAUUCAUUUUACCCAAAUGGUCACGGCAAGUUCUUUUUCACAAACACAACUCUGAACUAUAUCUUUACCAGUAUCCCAACCUCAAGACACUGCAUUCCCCUUUAACUAUAGACACAGAUCCAAAACAACUGCAUUCUUCACAGGCCAUACUCACCACCACCAUCACGACCACUAUCACUAAAAGUGAGCUAACUGGGUAUUGCAACUUGAGACAACACCUUGGCCAACUCAGUGACUUUAUAGUACCAACAGUCCUCUAAGUUAUGUUUUAUUCUUUUCUGUUCUUAGUUGAAAUGUGAUCUCUUACUUCAUUGGUUCUAAAUCACUUGAUUUUAAGUUUGAAUUUCCAUUCUCUUCCAGGUUUACUUAGAUUUGUUUUAGCAUUCAGUGCAGAGCAAAUGUUUGCUUCUCUAUUUACAGACUGUCUUUCAGUUGUGCAGAUGAGUUGAAGUAUUCUGCACACUGUUCUGGGUGAUUUGUAUUGCUUUAAUUUGUUCCUAUCUGUCCAUUACAAUAAAAAGAAGAGAUUUUGCUU